AUCACGAAAACCAUAAAGACAAUAAUAUAAAUAUAAUAAAUCCUAGUAACUCUACCUCUACAUCACUUGCGCAAAGUUCAUCUACUACAACUAAUUUACCUGUUGUAUCAAAAUAUGAUAAAGAUUUUUUCUUUUUAACAGAACAACAAAAAGCACAAUGUAAAUACUGUAAAAUGAUGCUUAGUUUUAAAAAAGAAAAUGGAACUUCUCAUCUUAAACGUCAUCUUAGUACUUGCCGGAGCUAUCUAAAAUUAUUAGCUAAUGAAGCUAGUUUGGCAAAACUAACAAAAGGUCAAACUCAGUUAAAAUUUAAUUUUUUAAAUGAACAACCAAAUUUAAAAGACUCAACUCGAACGGAUAUAGCUAAUAUGAUAAUUCGGGAUGAAUUAAUUUUUCAAUUUGUUGAAGGUCAAGGUUUUCAUAAUUUUAUUUAUAGAUUAUUAUCUAAUUUUACUAUUAGUGCUGAUACAAUAAAACAAGAUAUUAUGAAGACCUAUGAUAAAAGAAAGCUUUUAAUUAAAGAAAUUCUUCUGAAUUCUAAAGGCAAAAUCUCUCUUACUUGCGAUCUUUGGACAUCAUCUCAGCAGCUUGGAUAUAUAGCAAUUACGGCACACUUUCUCAAUAUCAAUUGGAAUCUUAUUUCUAUAUUAAUUUCUUUUAGGCUAAUUCCUUUUCCCCACUUUGGAAUAAAUAUUGCUAAUUCUAUUAAAGAUGAAACAGAUAAAUAUUGUAUCACUAAUAAG